CCUUCACUCCUCACGCCGUCUCCCCUCAACGAGGGAAGGACUCCGAUCAGGACGGCGGAGCCGGGUGUGAGUCCUGCAGAUGCCCUGGGAUGGGGGUGAAGCGGAGCUUGCAGAUUGCAGGGCUGAGCCUGAGCAUCUUUGCUGACCUACUCCUGUUGCUGGCCGCCGCCACCGACUUCUGGAUUCGCAGCCCCGAGGGUCACCGGGGCCUCUGGCGGGAGUGUCACCAGGGCACCUGCUCCGCCGCCACCUGCGAGACCAUGGUGGCGAUUUCAGCUGCCUGCCUGAUGCUGUCGAUGGGGGCGGAGGUGACGGGCACCACUCUGGGCAUCUGGGUCCUACAGGGUCCGAAGAACACAAUGGGGGUGCAUCGGGGCCGUACAGCCUGGGCCCUCAGCUUCCUGUCCACGUUCCUGCUGAUCAUGGCCAUGGUGGUAUUCACCAUGCGAGAGGUGAUGCGUGGAGACGUCUUUUUCUCCUGGAGCUAUUUCUGCAGCUGGUUGGCCCUGCCCUUCACUAUCCUCUCCGGCCUCUGCUUCCUCUUCGCCGACAUGAUCAUCCAGGGGAAUGACGCAAUCCGAGAGUUUCCCGUCUGCCUGUGACUGCCCCUCGCCUCCUGCCCAUCACAACUCCCACCCCCUCUGAGCAUGGUGGGGACCCCCCAAGACCGAUAUGAGGCAAUAAAGGAGCCGCCCCGUUUUA